AUGUCUCUGAGGCACCGUGUGAAGGUCCAGCUCAGAAGAUGGAGGCUUUCCCUUUGGCUGCUUGGUAUCCUCAUCACCUCAGUAACUAUUGUGAUGAUCUAUAUGGUUGUUCCAGAUGAUUCAGCAUCAGCCCCUGUUUAUGAAGGAGUUCGCUUGGUGAAUGGGCACAAUCCAUGCCAGGGUCUUUUGGAAAUCCUCUACAAUGGCACUUGGGGAACGGUAUGUGAUGAUGAUUGGGACAUCGUCGAUGCCAAUGUGGUUUGCCAGCAGCUUGGAUGUGGCCGUGCCCUCUCUGUGGCAGGAACCCUGCCCUUUGGCAGAGGGUCAGGGCUGAUACUGCUGGACAAUGUAGAUUGCAAAGGGACCGAGUCAUCACUGAGCGAGUGUGGAAGCCUGGGCUGGGCCAUUCACAACUGCAACCAUUAUGAGGAUGUGGCAGUCAUAUGCAAUGAUUUCAGCUCAACGCCAAGCAACCUGGUCAAUAAAACCCAAGUAUCUGCCUGGGAAUAUAAACAAGGAGAGGGCAAUAUUCGGCUCGUCAAUGGCUACAACUCCUGUCAAGGCAGAGUGGAGAUUAAGUACAGAGGACAGUGGGGAACAAUUUGUGAUGAUGACUGGGACAUGAAUGAUGCCAAAGUCGUGUGCCGGCAGAUGGGCUGUGGCACAACGAUAUCCUCCACCACCAACUCUUAUUUUGGAUAUGGCAAAGGACGGAUUCUAUUGGACAACGUCAACUGUGACGGGACUGAGCCAUCGCUAUUAAGCUGUAGCAGCCUGGGUUGGGGUGUGCACAACUGCGGGCACCAUGAAGAUGCAGGAGUCAUCUGUACAGUUAGCCAAGAACUGCUACCUGGCCAAGCAGCGGUGGAAGAGGAAAAAGUGGAAAAUCCGAAUGACAGCGAUGAAGGAAAACACUUGCCAUUCAAUCUCUCAUUCUCAGCUGUCAGCUCUGACACUGUCACUAUGAACAGUUUGAAGGAUAGCUCUGAGAUCAGAUCCAUCCGUCUGGUGAAUGGGAACAACAGCUGUCAAGGCAGAGUGGAGAUUUUCUACGGCAACAGUUGGGGAACCGUGUGUGAUGAUGAGUGGAAUAUUAAAAACGUGGCAGUGGUGUGCAGGCAGUUGGGAUGUGGUGGUGCCGUUACUGCCACCGACCUGAGCUACUUCGGCUAUGGCCGUGGCCCGAUAUUGCUGGACAACGUGAACUGUGAAGGGACGGAGUCGUCCUUGUCAGACUGUUUUAACCUCGGCUGGGGAAAGCACAACUGCAGACACCAUGAAGAUGCCGGUGCUAUUUGUAUAGAUCUCUGGGAGAGCCCGUGGCUGAGGAAAGUAGAGGGAUUUGAGAACUCAGCCUGCUCUCCUGUCCCCCCCAAAUCCCAAAUCCGCCUGGUGAGCGGACGGCACCGGUGUGAGGGCCGGCUGGAGAUCUACUUGAUGGCCCAGUGGGGCACGGUUUGCGAUGACGCCUGGGACUUGCGGGCAGCGAGGGUGGUCUGCAAGCAGCUGGGAUGUGGCAGGGCCCUGGCCGCGAAGGCACGGGCGUACUUCGGGCAGGGCGUUGGCAUCAUCCACCUCGACAACGUGAAAUGCAAAGGAAACGAGAGCUUGCUGAACCAGUGCUCCCAUAUCGGCUGGGACGUCCACAACUGCGACCAUACGGAAGAUGCAAGUGUGAUGUGCACAUUAUGA